AUGUAUACCAGUGGCCAUCCGAGCACCAGAUCGUGGGGAACUGAAGGUAUUAAUGCCCCACUUCAGCAGAAGGCAACAUACUCUUUCCCCUUGAAGCAGCCGCGGCGCCACCAACAGCAACAACAACAACAACAGACACUUGGAAGACAGUUCGACGCCGAAAGCACCCAUCAGGCGAGCCCGACCGCAGCGAAGUUGUUUGUGGGCCAACUUCCCUUUGAAACAGACGAAAAACGCCUGUAUGAUCUCUUCAGCGCAUACGGUACGGUGGAGCACAUUCAUAUUCUCCGUGACUCACAAAACAGGAGUAAAGGUGCAGCAUUCGUCACAUACUCCAACGUGGAGGAGGCGGAUACGGCCAUCUUCACCCUUCACAACCGAUACAAGAUGCUGGCGAACCGCAUGAUUCAGGUGAGUUAUGCCAAAAACAGUGCAAACAUAUCGCUUUUUGGGGCGUGUAAUGCCAUAGCAGUGCACCGUAUGAACCCCACAAACCCCGUCCCGGAUAUGGCAAAUGUAACCCCGGAGAGUCGCGUGAUUUAG